AGAAAAAUGGCUGCCCCCUUCUACGAAGCACGUUUUCUAAUGUCUCUGUGAAUGUUCGACUUUCAGUAUUUGUGCGUAUAAUUUGCUAAAAUAUUUAUUCAAAAUGAGACCAUUAACUGACGAAGAGACGAAGACAUUCUUCGAAAAACUAGCAAAGUACAUCGGAGAAAACAUAAAGUUGCUCAUUGAUAGGCCGGACGGUACUUACUGCUUUCGUUUGCACAAUGACCGGGUCUAUUAUGUUAGUGAGGCGCUGAUGAAAAGAGCAGCUAACAUCUCACACGAUAACCUCGUCAGCUUUGGAACCUGCUUCGGAAAGUUCACCAAGACGAAAAAAUUCCGGUUGCACGUCACAGCUCUUGAUUACCUCGCUCCGUACGCCAAGUACAAGAUAUGGUUGAAGCCAAGUGCAGAGCAACAGUUUCUCUACGGCCAUCACGUGAUGAAGUCUGGUCUGGGCCGCAUCACAGAGAGCACGCCGCAGUACCAGGGACUCGUCGUAUAUUCGAUGGGCGACCUGCCACUGGGUUUCGGCGUGCUGGCGAAGUCGACGCAGGACUGUCGCCGUGCCGACCCGAUGACGAUCGUCGCGUUCCAUCAGGCGGACGUCGGUGAGUACGUGCGCAGUGAAGACACGUUGACGUAGUCACGCUGACGUAGUCACGCUGACGUAGUCACGCUGACGUAGUCACGCUGACGUAGUCACGCUGACGUAGUCACGCUGACGUAGUCACGCUGACGUAGUCAACGCCAACACACCGCCCCCCCCAUCACACGCAAGCAACGACGACAGCCUCCACGUGUGCGUAACCAACGACGACAGCAUCUAUGUCUUCGUAACCAACGACGACAGCCUCCACGUGUGUGUAACCAACGAUGACAGCAUCUAUGUCUUCGUAACCAACGACGACAGCCUCCACGUGUUUGUAACCAACAACGACAGCAUCUGUCUUCGUAACCAACGACGACAGCCUCCACGUGUUCCUAACCAAUAACUACAGCAUCUUCUAUGUGUGCAUAACCAACGACGACAGCAUCUGUGCCUGUAACUAAGGACGACGAUCUCAACAUGUUCGAUACCAAUGGCGACAGCCUCUGUGUGUGCCCGUAACCAAUGACAACGCCAUCUACUUGCAUGUAACUAUUGAUGAUGCAGCUCCACCCUGAUGUUCUAAUAAUUUUCAAUUCGUGUGACGUCUGUCAUGAAAUCAAGCUGUAACAUCUGUAUAGCUAGAUGGCAUUGGAGACUGGUAAAGUCAUUGGAGGACAGUGUGUGAUGAGAUCUGUGACAUCACGGCAAACCCUGAUGAUAAGUGGUGGCAUCGAAUAGGUCAUGACGACAGUGUGUGACGUACUGCUAAUGCUGUACCCUGUCCCCAUUGUAUCACAAUCCACAUUGCCGACGACAACCAUGGCAUUGUAAUUGCCUUCUAGGGUAUACAGCGAACCAUCCAUCAGGGUGUACUAGUUUAAUUUAAAAAUGUGUUUCUUUUUGCUUUAAGUUAGAGAUUAAGAGGAUAUCCCAUUGUGAGAUCAUUUGAUGGCUUUAAGUACAUUCCAUACAGACGGUUUACCGGAAAACGGCAAAGACUGCAAUGGUAAACUGGUUUGCUGUUUUUCGUGUGGCAUGGCAAAAAUAUAAUCAGCAGAUUGUAAAAGUGUUCGUUAUAUGGAGUAAGAAAUUGGUAAAGUUUGGAAAUUAAAAUUGUGACUCGAAAGACAUCACAGUCUACUAACAGGAAACACAACAGUUUAUAAAUAAAUGAUUUAUAAAUCCAUAAAAA